UAAGCGUAAGAAAACAAUAACGUGAAAUCGUCCGAUCUGAACCAAGGCUACAUGCUUAAUAAUGCAGAGAGGAAAUUAAUCAUCUGUUUAUUAAAUGUUGCCAUUUUUGUUUCUAAUUAACCUUUUCACUUCAUGCUUCAACGAAAUUUACCGAUCGAUAACCGAUGGAUCAAAGCGUCGGCAACUGUUACAAUAGUUUCGGAACGAUGAGCAUUUGCAUGUGAACGAGUUAUUACUCUAAAUUAGAUAAUAAGGGAAAAUUAACAAGAAAUUGUCUAGAAAACCGCGUUACCCAUAGCGGGUCGGUGGUUGCGCAAACGAACGCCCCACUGGCGGCACCAAUGAACUGGAAAGCAAGGUCUUCGACCACACCAUAUUGUUUUAUUUUAGCGUUGUCGUUCCAAUUAGGACUAGUCGAAACAAUACCACAGGAAGGAAACAACCGGACGCGGACCCCGAGACACCCAGUGAAAACUAUCACACGGCUAACACAAAAACAGUUUCGUUCCACCGAAUUUAACCUUAGUAUAAAUAACAAGUGCAAUACUGAAAUGACAUCAGUCUUACAACGUCGGUAACAAUCAACAUGAUGUUGACACAAGUUUUCACCCUCGCUCUUGUGGCUUUGACUGCAGCCCACAAAGUUGAGUUGGCUGACGAGAAGACGCCCUACGACCAUGUGAAGGAACGGUUGGACGCGAUCAGUGCGGACGUGAAAUCUGGAUUGCCUUUAUCCAACAGUUAUGAAGUGGAAGAAAGUGAAGACUAUCCCGAACAAUUAGAGGGAGCCGCAACUUCUGUUCUUAAUACUGUAAGUGGUGUUGGUGGAGUUGGCGGCGUGGGUGUUGGCGGUAUCGGCCUGGGACAAGGAUUGGGAUAUGGCGGGAUUGGCUUAGGUGGUAUCGGACUCGGCCAAGGAUUAGGACUCGGUCUUGGAGGAGUCGGUGGUGUCGGAGGCGUCGGAGGCGUCGGCGGUGUCGGCGUCGGCGGUGUUGGUGGAGUGGGCGGCGUUGGCUACAACGGCCUCGGUGUCGGCCAAGGAGUAGGCAUUGGCGGUGUCGGCCUGGCUAACGGUGUCGGUUUAAUAAACCCUGGACUCGGUGGAAUCGGAGUUGGCGGUAUUGGCCUCGGAAAUGGUUUGCUGUAUCAUCCGUUGAUUGGAUCUCAAGUCGCCGGUGGAUAUGUGGACAAGAAGGCAUACGAUGCCGCUCAGAAAAAGGACGCCGGUGAAAAUGUAGAAAAGCUUGAAAAGAAAGCUGAAGAAGAGGUGAAACAUGGUCAGGAGGGCUACCAGCAGGGCUCAGCAGCUGCCCAGGCUGCAAAAGGAGAAUCCAGUUUCUACAAAGAUGAAGAAGCCAAGAAGAAGGCUGCCGGUGAUGAGAAAUUCUACGAAGGCGGUCAGAAAUUCGACAAGCAAGGUGCUAACGAGGAACAAUUGAAGAAGGCAAAAAGUCAUAAGAAAGGUCAUACGAGCAAGGGUUUCAAGACAUCAAGCAGUAAGAAUGAAGAAGAGAAAACUGAGACUUUCUAUGAUGAGGCUCACGAUGAAGCGGAUCACAAGGUUGCUGGGCAUAACGCUGGGUCCUUCGGAGAGAAUGCUCAGCAAGGCUUCAAGGGAGCUCAUGAGGAGAAGAUUCUGGAUGCCAACGCGCAAGGCAAGGAAGGACAUCACGUAUCGGAACAGAAAAUCGAUGACUCGAAAGCUAACAAGGGAGAAUUCCUCCAGAAAGGUUACAAGGGAGGUGCAGAAUUACUGGAGAAAUUCAACAACCUCGGGGCUCACUCGGUGCAUGGCCACCAGGAGGCUGCCGGAGGCUACCAGGAGAACAAAGGAAUACUGCCCAUCCAUCACUAAA